CUCGUUGAAUUUCCCUCGCGUAAUUCUCAGCUGUGUUUGGUUACCGCCGGUAGAUUCUCCGGCGAUUUGGUUCGGCGUCAAGAAGCGUGGAGGUUGGUGUCUUGGUGAUACCCUAGCUUAUUUGAGCAACCUUCCUCAUCACGGUUCGCGGAAAGGACUAAUGUGCCGUGGAAAAACAGAACGUGGACUCAUUUUUGACGUCCCCGCCAAUAGAGUGGACCCGCUGCGGCGGAGGGAGAUGUUGACGGUAGAGAAGGUUUCUGGGAUGGUUCCGGCUGGCGCUACCCUGUCGGACUCAUCCUGCUGUAGUAGCCAAUCAGCCGUUCCCGCGUCGGAGUUCUGUCCCUAUUCCACACGGCCGGGGGUGCUAUAUUUGGAGCUCUGGGAAUUUCUUUGCGGGAUCAAGUAUGGAUCCAGGAAAAGGUUAAGGACUCCAAGUGCUAAGGUUUUUGAAGCUGUUGCGUCAUAUAUUGAUGUUAAAGAAAACAGAAAAAGAAGGCAAAGCCAAUCUAAUAAGUUCGCAAAAAGUGAAAAUAUAGCUGCUUGUCAAAAAGUGUCAAAGAGGGCAUUGUCUAAGAAGGAGCAACAACACCAUACUAAUCAAAAUCAGAAAAAGGAACAUUGCUUGGAAAAGGGAACAGAUAUCAAUCAUAAAAGAAAUUCAGUGACAACUACAAGAUUGAUAAACAGAAUCUGGGGAGAGUACUACUCGAAUUAUGUAACCAGGGAGUCAACUAAGGAGAACAGACCUACUUCAAGAAAAAGGAAGGCUACAGGAGAUAAUACGGAGGAUGAAAAGAAGGAUAUCAAAAGAUCAAAUCAGAAUAAAUAUUGUCCUGAUGAUUUGUGGAUGCCUUAUUGUCCAUCUCGUAAAAAAAGGUCAGGCUGUAAAAGGAAGAUUAAAUGGGAUGGAGAAGCAAUUGGGAUGACUUUUUAUGACAAUUCUCUCUAUGAAGGAGUUGUCAUCAGUGGGACUUUAGUUUCUAUAGGUUGUGUCGUACUAGUGGAAAAAUCUCAUUUAAAUCACGACUAUUGCAUCUGUUUUGUGGAAUACAUGUUUGAAGCUUCUGAUGAGAGGAAGAUUCUCCAUGGAAGAGUAAUGAUUGGAGGAUUUGAAACAGUCCUUGGGAACAGUGCUGACAAGAGAGAGUUGUGCCUUACAAAUGACUGUAUUGAGUUUGAAGCUUCUGAAGUGAUAGAACUGUUAGUUCUGAAAAUCAAACAGACACCAUGGGGCUAUCUAAGCCGCAAGGAUAAUGAGGAUAAUGAGAGAGCCGAUAGAGAAAGAGCAGAAGAGAGGAAAAUGAAGGGUUUGACCACAGAAUAUUUCUGCAGAAGUUUGUACUGUCCUGAAAAAGGUGCAUUUUUCAGCCUGCAAACUGGUUUAAUGGGCCUUGGAAGUGGGUAUUGCCACUCUUGUAAUGGAAGGAAAUCCCAUGAAAAGAAUGACUUCACGGUAUGCACAUUGAUGAAAAGCUUUACAUAUAGGGGAAUUCAGUACAAUAUUCAAGACUUUCUCUAUUUUAGUUCUCAAUAUCUUAUGGAGAAUCAUGAGGGAAAGAAAUCCGUUGUAAAUAGCCUGCACCAUAAACCCGAAGCGUAUGUAGUAUGCCGACUUUUGGAAGUGGAAGUCUCUUGUUCACUUAAACAAUCUAACCCCGAAUCAGUAAAGAUCAAGGUUCAAAGGUUUUUCAGACCUGAAGACAUAUCUGCACAGAAUGCAUAUGUCUCAGACAUCCAAGAGGUAUACUACAGCAAAAGUAUAGAAACAAUACCUGUCAUGGCGGUGAAAGGAAAAUGUGAAGUUAGGAAAAAAGAAGAUUUUGAAUUUAUGGAUUCCCCUUACAUAUAUGAGCAUGCCUUCUUUUGUCAGUUUGUAUAUGACCCUGAAAAUCAAUCCUUAGAACUGUUACCAUCCCACAUCAAGUUGAGCCCUUCCAAAGGAUGUUUAGAACAAAAGGCUGCUAGCAGAAAGAUAAAAAAGAAACAAAUGAACAGGAAAGGUGACUCAGGCAAAACUUCUAAUGGUGAAAACAGAAAAGUUGCAAUAAAUUCUUUGGCCACUCUCGACAUAUUUGCAGGCUGUGGUGGUCUAUCAGAAGGUUUAGAAAAGUCAGGUGCAGCAGUCACAAAAUGGGCAAUAGAGUCUGAAGAAACCGCUGCUGAAGCUUUUAAGCUCAAUCAUCCAGAUGCCUUUACAGUUGUUAAAGAUUGCAACAUGGUUCUUAGGGAUAUCAUGAUGGCAAAUGGGGAUGCUAGUGACUGUAUACCAACAUCUGAGGCAAAUGCGUUAGCAUCACAUCUUGACAGCAGCACAAUCAACAGUUUGCCCCGACCAGGUGAAGUGGAUUUCAUCAUCGCUGGCCCUCCUUGUCAGGGGUUUUCUUUAUUGAACAGGCACAAUAAGAGUUCAACGAGUGAUGUUCGACGCAUAAUGAUCUUGUCGCUUUUAUCCUUUGUUGAUUACUUCAGGCCCAAGUUUCUGCUCAUUGAAAAUGUCAGGAAUCUCGUUUCAUUUGAUAAUAUGAAGCCAUUUCAGCUAACUAUAGCUUCACUUCUUGAAAUGGGUUAUCAGGUGAGAUUUGGAGUCCUGGAAGCGGGAUUCUAUGGUGUAGCACAAUCGCGGAGACGUGUUUUCAUAUGGGCGGCCUCACCCAAAGAGACCCUUCCAGAAUGGCCCGAGCCUAUGCAUGCUUUUCCAGGUCCAGACUUGAGGAUCAAGUUAGAUUUAAAUGGAGAUUCCCAUUAUACAGCUGUUGGCAGCACUAAAGCCGGUGCCCCUUUUCGUUGUCUCACGGUAAGAGACACUAUCGGAGAUCUACCGGCUUUGACAAAUGGGGACUCUGCGACAACCAUGGAGUACAAAGGCAAUCCUGUUUCGUGGUUCCAAAAAAGAGUUAGAAGAAACAUGACCGUGCUAACAGAUCACGUUCCCAGGAAACUGAGCGAAUUAAAUCUGAUUCACUGCCAAUACCUCUCUACUGGUGCUGAUUGGAGAGACCUUCCAAAAAAGAAGGUUCAGUUGGCAAGUGGGAAGUUUGUUGACUUGAAACCCCAAUGGUUGAUUAAGAUGCAAAGUAAAGGUAGCCAAUCAAAGGGUGUACUAGGAAGGUUAGAAUGGGAAAAAAACUUCCCAACUGCUAUUACCUGUCCUCAACCAAGAGGAAAGGUUGGGAGAUGGUUUCAUCCUCAACAGGAUAGGCUGAUUUCCGUCCGCGAAUAUGCUCGAGCUCAGGGAUUUCCAGACUCGUAUAAAUUUGCGGGGAAUGUUAGGAAUAAGUACCAACAAGUAGGCAAUGCUGUGCCUCCACCUCUGGCAUUUGCACUGGGGAGAAAGCUCAGAGAGGCAAUAGAAACUCCUUGAAUGGUGAAUUAGCACAAACCAUCACUUGUUUAAUAUAACUUUUUAAGGUACUAAUCGAGAGUCUUAUGGAAGGAGAGUUUUGUCUCACCCGUUCGAUCGAGUCAUGGGAGGAGCCUCUUGCAAAAAUGCAACGCGUUGUGCAUUGGGUUGUUUCUCACCCUACAGUUUAGAGUCUUAAUAGUUCAUUAAACAUUAACUUAUUCUAUGGAAGAAGCAUAACCCAUUUGGCAUGGGAAGUUUUGUAAAAGAAAUCCUAUGUUUUGGA